CUCGGCGGUCGGGGGCAGCUGGAAGCGGCUUGGGUGGAGUUGUGUCGGGGAAAAGUAGCACAUUUUAUCGUUGUGGAGAUUCAGACUUCAUGCAGGCAAUGUAAUUCGAUUUAAAACACACUUUUGUGUUUGUGUGGACUUUUUGAAAAUACGCACUCGUCUUUGUAGCUAGUUUCUAAACUGUUGUGAGAAGGCUCCGUCCGGGCCUCGCAGGUUUAUUCACCAUGAGUUACGGUAGGCCUCCGCCGGAUGUCGACGGCAUGACUUCUCUCAAAGUGGACAACCUGACGUACCGAACAUCGCCCGAAACGCUCCGCCGGGUGUUCGAGAAGUACGGCCGGGUGGGGGACGUCUACAUCCCCCGAGACCGCUACACGAAAGAGAGCCGAGGCUUCGCAUUUGUUCGGUUCCACGACAAACGGGACGCCGAGGACGCCAUGGACGCCAUGGACGGAGCGCUGCUGGACGGACGGGAGCUGCGGGUCCAGAUGGCCCGGUACGGCAGACCACCGGACUCCCACCACGGUGGUGGGAGGCGAGGCGGAUCCACCCGGAGGUACAGCGGCCACGGACGCCGAAGUAGAAGCUCUUCCCCUAGCCCGAGACACAGAAGACGCAGCAGAUCCCGCAGCAGGAGUCGCUCCCGGUCCCGAAGCCGGUCCCGCUACAGCAGAUCCAGGUCUCGGUCCUACUCCAGGUCCAAGUCCCGGUCCCCCAGGAACAAGAAGACCAAGGCCCAUUCCCGUUCCAGAUCUAGGUCCAGGUCCCGGUCCAAGUCCAAAUCCCGAUCCAGAAGCCGCACGCCUUCCUCCAAAAGGGGGUCCAGGUCCAGAUCUAAAAGCCAGCCCAAGUCAGCCGCAGAAAACGGUGAAUCCUCAUAGAGCUCAGCACAUCAGCAACAGGAACGGUUCUGACGGUAAACCAAAUCUCUCCUUCCCAAGCUGCGGAGUCCUAUUUGCUUAAGUGGAUUUUGAGCUGAGCUGAGAGAUGUUGAGCAGUUAGCAGGUGUUUGGUCAGCUGCCUUCAGGCUUCCUGCAGCUGAUGGAGGUUUCUGUGCAGCAGCAGCAGGGUGGAGGAAGGCAGUCUGGGGUUUUGAGGUAUGACUGUCUGUGAUGGAGACUCUGGUGCUUGAGAUAAACUGAGGUUUGUUGACAUGUCGGUCCCAGUUUGUUUAAUUUCUUGUUUAUUUAUUUAUUAACUUUGAAAAAAUGUAGAUGUUUGAUGCUUGGUAACAAGAAUCAAUCUUAGUUAUCACCUGUGUGCAGCUAAACGGGAGCUAUCAACACUGCAUCUUUGGGCGCACAUGCAGCAACCAGCAGCAGCAGUUCUCUGUCCAGGUGGUCUCGUUCUGUGCCAGUCUGCAAUGAUCUCUGAGCCGCCUGAGCGAGCAGUAACUUUGUCUUUAUGAAUUCUUGUCUCACCGCCUCUCUGAGACAGCCUGUCCUAGGCUAGGCUAACUUCCCAGAAUCCUGGAGUCAACAGAGUGCUGCUUUUAAGUGAGAGGCUGCUUUUGAAAGGAGGCUUCUUAUGCACCAAGCGAGUCCGGACACCCCCCUACAAUGUUCGGAGGCGAAGGAAUCCUGGCUGAACGAGUUCUCCCUCCUCUCUGGCUGUGUUAACAAUUUCACUAGCACCAAGGUUACAUACUGGCAGUGGCUAAUGCUAGCGUCAACUAACCGACAACCAGCCUCCCUCCUGUGAGACCUCUUUGACUUUCAGCUCCUACAAGUUCCCAGUACCUGUCACAAAGCCCAGCUGAACCGGGUACUCUUUAAAAAAAAAAAAAAAAACUCCUUUUAAGUCUGAUCAUGGAUUCAUGCGCUAUGUUUUCAAUGUGGCUAGUGUUUUACCUAGCCUGGGAUUUCGGACACACUCUCUUGCCUCCUGACUGCUUUUGUCGACUCCAGUAUGGCAGGGAGCUGCUGUGGCAGUGGAAUGCCUCCGACUGACCAGCUGAUCUGGAAUCUAUAUGUUUGGAAAGACCUCUAAGUCAUGUCAUGAAUUCAGCCUGCAUCCUUGCGUUCACCGAAACCUGAAAGCUUUUUGAGUUUUUGAUCACACCUCAUAUUAUCAGUGCAGUUUCAUAAACACAUUCAGGGAUUGUUCUGGUCUGAGGUGACUUUCAGUUUUGGGGAAUUUCUAAGACAUCUGCAAAGUACAUUUUGUGAAAUGUACCUUUAACCUCGGCUUGUUUUUGACUGUUUCAGUUGCAGACUUGAGAACUUCCAGAAUGGAUACUACACAAGCCACAGCGUCCAGCUCCAAAAGGCGCAGUUGUGUAGCAGUUGAGUUUUGCUGGUUAGCUGUUUCUCCAGAAUGAUCCUGUGACAACAGUGGUACGGUCGCUACAGUCUCACCCUUUGUACAGUGAAAUGUGUUUCUCUUUGCUUUCAUAGUGAACUAAUGGGAUUUUCAAUAAAAAAAAAAAACUUGG